AUGAACCGGCACAACGCGAGCAGCUCCGGUUCAGAGACACGAGACCCAUUUGAAUUCUGCUCAGAAUGCUCCUACAUAUCCAAAAAGCUUGAGAUACUGGAAGAGAAUCAUCACGAAUAUGUAAAGCUGGAAAAGCAGACGGUGAACCGGAAGGUACAUAUUGUUAGACAGGAUGAUCAACUCGUGGUAAACAGGAUCAUCUCAGAGAAAGAGGGAGUGAAGACACAAACCAACACAUUUCCAUUGAGUUCUCUAAAAGGAUUUGUGUCUGAGGCAUCCAACUUCCUGAUCCUGCGCAUUCUGGCUCGGCACAAGACUGUUCCAGAAAAUAUGACAUUCCUGUCAUUUGAUGCAAAUACGGUGCUUUCUAAAUCAGUUUAUAGAGAACUUGGGUGGAAGACGCAGAUGAUUGGGGAAGAGUCAGUCAAUAUCUUUGGUAUUGAAAGGACUGUCUCCUCUGCAAAGGACUCCUCAGCAACUUGGCAUUGCUACUUCAUGCCUGAUGGGCAUCUGGCAAGCAGAGUGCAGUUGGGCUCGCCUGCAAUUAUGAAGCUACUGCAUUUGCCUUUCUUGCUCGAUGGAGUGGAAAAAAACAACAUUCCUGUGUUUGAGAAGAAGCCACUCAUCUGGGAGGAAGACAUGGAGCUUUACUCAAAGUUUCUUGACAGAAAGGAGGAACUCAAAGCGGACUACUCCUCCUACAUCAGACAACACCCUGAGCUAAAGGCUUUAAUGGCGGACUUCCUGCAGUUCCUGCUGUUGAGGAAACCUCAAGAUAUCUUCUCCUUUGCUCGUGACUUUUUUGCACCCUUUGCCUCUCAAAGUCCUCAGGGAAAAUCCCAUAAUGACUCCCAAAACUUUCCAUAGCAAUAAUAAACACUAACAAAGUGUGUGAUGUAGCAGAGAUGGAAAAUAAAGGUUUUCUUCUAAUAGUG